AUGGCACCACAAAUAACUAGCUGGGAUGAUCUCACUGAAGUAUGGGAGCAACGCGAUGGUGAAACAGGAGAAAUCCAACAAACAUCCUUUGCAUUGUUCGACAGCAACGGAAGCUUCUAUUACGGCACGCUUGAAACUCCCAAAGCCGACAUUACUUUUGACCAGGUCACCAACACCCUCAAGAGUGUUCCCGAUGAAGAGAUAUUCACUCGGUGGCCGGCUCCCGGGGUUGAGUUGGUGGAAGCCCCAGCGAACCUUAUCGAAGAUUUCUAUAUCAAGCGACCGAGUCCACAAAUGUACACAGUGAUGAAGGAACACGAUGCAUUGCCCCAACUCUCGGCAGCAUUGCUAGCAGAGGCUGAAGUCCUAGAGUCGCUGUCCCAGCACCCGCACCCGAAUAUAAUCCGCUAUUACGGCUGUCGAGUUCUCCGUGGGUACUUUAUGGGAGUUGUCAUCGACAAACACCCAUACGAUCUGUACACCUAUCUCAAGAACAGAAUCGGGAUAAUUGAGAAACACUCUUUCAUUUCUGCCCUCGAGUCCUCUCUCCGUCAUCUUCAUACACAUGGAUUGGCCCACAACGACCUGACUCCCCACAACAUCAUGGUGAGCAAAGAAGGCAUGCCUGUUUUGAUUGAUUUUGGCGGGUGUCAGCCUAUCGGGACUUAUUUGAAGCAUGUAAGAGGUACUCGAGGGUGGGUAGAUGGAGAGAUCAAGGACCACAAUACAUCUAAAAAGGAGCAUGAUGUUUCUGCUUUAGCCAAGAUCAGUGCGUGGUUGGACAGGCCAGUGUUUGAUCAAUGA